AUGUCGUCAACAGACCCAAACACAGCCGAGGCAGCGCAGGCAGCUGCAGCAAAGGCCUUCCAGGAGUUCACCGUUGAGGCCUUUACGCUCCUUGCGAUAGGUCUGUGCUUCACAGUCCUCCGAACGGCUGCCCGCAUCAAGAUUGUCGGCGUCAAGGGGCUACGAUGGGACGAUAUACUGGUCUGGGUUGGCACGAUAUGCCAUGCCGCUGAGACGGGCCUGGCCUACUCGGUCGGCCAUGCCGCACAUGGGCUUGCCAACAACGGCAUGACAGAUGCUCAACGGGCAGCUCUCCGCCCGGACAGUCCGGAAUACCAGACAAGGGUUCUUGGGUCAAAGAUCCAAAUCGCCGGCUGGUCGACGUAUUCGGUCCUGCUCUGGUCCCUGAAGCUGUCGUUGCUUAUCUUUUACCGGCGCUUGACCACCGGCGUGGGCACGCAGUACCGGAUCCGAGUUAACAUUGGCUUCGGCUUCCUCGCCGCCAGCUUUGUUGCCAUCACCACCAACCUCUACCUGGCCUGCCGCCCGUUCCACAAGUAUUGGCAGAUCAACCCGGAUCCAGGAAAUGUCUGUCAGCCUGCCAUAUCGAACCAGGUCGUCUGGAUGUAUCUCGCCUUCAAUGUGUCGACAGACCUGUACUUGCUCUCGAUCCCGCUGCCCAUGCUGUGGGCGUCGGCUCUCAAGCCUGUGAAGAAGGCCGGCUUGAUGGUGGUCUUUGGCGGCGGACUGCUGGUCGUUGCAUUUGCCAUCUUGCGCUGCGCCAUGAUUUUCUUGGACCCCGUCAACGGCGCGCAACUCGCCGGCUCCUGGGCCGUCCGCGAGACCUUCGUCGCCGUCGUGACGACCAACCUGCCCAUGAUUUUCCCGGCCUUCAAGAUCUGGCUGGCGCCGCUCAUCACAUCGCUCCGCAGCACGAUGUCAUCACAGAAACUGACGGCCAACAACAACAAGACCCCCAACGGCGGCCUCGGCGGCAGCCGCGAGCUGCGCACCUUUGGGGCGGGUCGGAGCUCCCUCAGGGCUGCUGGCAACCGCCGCCGCGGAGAACCGCCCACGCUGUACAACGUCACGGCCGUCACGGCCACGCUGAACGAGAGCGAAGAGCGCAUCAUGGUCCAGAUGCAAGAUGGCAAGGCGGGGAGCGAUUCGGACGGGGAUACCCAGCCGGGAAGGAAUCGCAGUAUUCGCCAGCAUAUGGAGGUUUCGGUUGUGAGCGAGGAGGUGGAUGCUAAUAAUCUGCCGAAGGCUCCGAGGCUUUGGUGA